AUGAAGUCAUUCGUUACAGCAUCUUUGCUCGCCCUUGUCGGCGCCUCCGCCGCCGCUUCUUCAAACCUCAGAUUCGCAAAGCGCAACAACCCUGAUAACAGCUGUGGAGCCGAUCCUGGGUCAAGUGCUAUUGCCAACGCCAUCAAUCAGUGGAACAGUGAUGUUGUCACGGUCAAUGGAUUUCUGGAGCAGGCCGCAUCUUUGGACCCUACCACAUUGAUGGCGGACCUUGCGAAUGCCUUGACCGCCGCCCAAAAUGAACCCAACCAACUCAACAUCCUUGCGUGCGAAUCAGACGUUGCAGGAACACCUGCACAGGAUGCAGCGAACGACCUCUUCAAUGGCUUUGAGAAAAAUGUCCUAGUUCCACUAGGGAACAUCAUGGCCAACGCGGGCGACUCAAACAAUGUCGCGACACAACUUCAGACCAUCAACCAGUUCCGAUGCUGCCAUGUUCUUCCGGACCUCGAUACCCUUUGGUCGGGCACCGCAGAAGAUGAGGGUGUUGCGAACAUCGCGCCAAUCUCUGCCCCAAGACCGAGUACCUGCGCGUCCAUCAGCUGCUAG